UUAUAAUCUGCCACAUUUUCAUCGAUCAGAAAGAGCAAACAAAUAUUAUGUAUAUAUUUAUACAAAGAAACUAAGCAAAGGCCAUAAAAGAGAAGAGGAAGAAUAGAAUGGCUUGGCAAUCAGAGACAAUGGAAAAUGAAGCAUUGGCAACAGAAGCUCCAUUAGCACCAAUCACUUCUCAAAGAAAAGUUGUAACUCACCUCGAAACUUCACUCCCUAAGCCUUAUAUGCCAAGAGCACUGGUAGCUGUAGAUGCAGAGCAUCCAAAUGGAACAGAAGGCCAUAAACACAACAAUAUGAGUGUUCUUCAGCAACAUGCUGCUUUUUUUGACCAAGAUAACAAUGGCAUUGUUUAUCCUUGGGAAUCUUAUGCUGGAAUGCGUGCCGUUGGUCUCAAUCCAAUUGCAUCCUUUUGUUUGGCUAUGCUUAUUAAUUCCUCAAUUAGUUAUUCCACUCUCCCUGGAUGGCUACCCAAUCCUUUGUUUCCCGUAUACAUUGACAACAUUCAUAGAUCCAAGCACGGUUGUGAUUCUGGGGUUUAUGACACGGAAGGAAGAUUUGUUCCAAUGCAUCUUGAGAACAUUUUCAGCAAGUAUGCUCGUACUGUACCAGACAAAUUGUCACUAAAAGAGAUUUGGGAGAUGACUCAAGGCAAUCGAUCUCCAUAUGACUUAUUUGGCUGGUUAGCGAGUAAGGUGGAAUGGCUGAGCUUGUAUGCUAUUGCUAAAGAUGAAGAGGGUUUUGUGAGCAAAGAAGCUGUGAGGCGUCUUUUCGAUGGGAGCUUGUUUGAAUAUUUAGCUAAGAAAAAUUCAGGCACUACUGAUGCUAAGAUGGAAUGAGAUUUUCAUAAUAAGGAUUGAAGCUAUAACCACUUGAUUAUAUGUAUUAUUAAGAAAUAAAAUUAAAAUGAGUACGAAAUUUGCCCCCCCCCCCCCCAACUAUUAACACUUGUAAUUCGUGCCCUCCAAGUAUUUUACGUUGUUAAAAAUCCAUCUUAAAUUAUGUACUAUUGCUGAA